AUGGUUAAGGUAAACAGAGUUAUUUUUCUUGUGCUUGUGGCAUUAAUGUUCAUUGCAACAGUUAAUGGCGACACUACCUCAACCAUCUGCAAGGUAAAAGUUUCUGAGAUAGCCAAAUGUCUUCCGGCAAUAACCGGAAAAUCACCUUCAAAACCGACUAAAAGUUGCUGCGCUGCAACUCGCAAAGCCGACUUGCACUGCCUGUACAACUACAUGUCUGAAUUUGCCAAGUUUGGGGAUCCUGCAAAGGCUAUGGCUUUGCCUAAACAAUGUGACCUUAAGCCUCCAAGAGAAUGUAACAAGAAACUUUUCUAG